AUGGAGAAAUCGAAACUUGAACUUGCCCUAUUAAAACAACGUAUCACUCUUAAUUAUCUACCAAAAUCAUUUGAUAAACUUGAAAUAUCGAGACCUACGUCAAUAGAUACAAUUAUGGAUACCCAGACAGCUCAAUUACUAAAAAGUCGAUGUGAUAAAAUUCUACAGCGAACCAAAGCUGAUUUAAUACAAGUUUAUGUUGACACUGCUCAAAUUCGAGCAGAUCAAUCUCGAUUCCAGUUUAAUGAUGCAAUGAAUAAAUUCGAAGCAGAUGUCGAUCGAUUUGAUGAUAUUUUUCAUAAAUAUGGUGACGAUAUCGACGAAGAUGAAGACAAAAAUAUUGAUUUUGACAAUCUUCAACAAAGAAUUAUUCAAGAAGAAGGUGACUAUAACGACAAUGAUGACGCCGAGGACAUAAUUCCAGUUGGAGAGAUACUUGGCAAUGACUCAACUGUAAUUUUAGUAGAUCUUACAGCGGAAGAGGAUGAUUUGUCUCAAAAGCUUAGUCAACUUUCAGCUUCCACCGAAGCAAAGAUAACGACGCAUCAGGAACAAUCGAAUGAAUCAAAAAGUAGAAAGCGUCCUGUGUUAACACCAACAACACCAACAACAAUUUCACAAGCGGUACGAACAACCAAAAAGCUCAAAACAAGUGAUGAUAAAGAACAAUCCAAUUGUACUUUACCUCAAUAUCUCUCACCGGCAAAUGAAGCUUUUGAAAAAAACAUGAAUACUCUUCUUAGAAACGUACCUCAUUCUUCUAUUACUAUUGAACAUUUACGGUAUAUUGCACAUCUUAUGCACAAGAUUGAAGUUGCUGAACUUGAUAAAUCCUUAUGGACAGCAUUUUUAUUAUCGGGUACUGGUAAAAUGAGAACACAAGAGUCAUCUAAAUCUUCGAACCAAAAAAUGACAGCGACAACGUCAAGCGAGUUUAAUCCCACUUCGAAAGUUUUAUUCUGGCCUGAACAAGUUAAAUCGAAAAUGAAAGCUGAUGGUUAUACAACAGCGACAGAUUCAAAUGCAGAUGAUCAUAAUGCUUGCCUCAAAUAUGUUGAAGAAGUUUUAAAAAACUAUGACAAGCAAAUCGUCGAUUAUCAAGUGCAAUUGAAACAAACAAAAGAACGUUUUAUGAAUAUUUUCACAAGUGACAUGGAGGAAGUUGUUAUAAAAUUUGUUCUACGUUAUGGUGUUUCUUUAUAUAAACUAAUUAUUGAAAACCAAAUAGCUGCUGUUGAACAUAGUUAUAAGGAUCAUUUAAUUAAAUCAGAAUUUUAUAGUGAAGAACCUAAUAAUUAUCAACAACAAGUAUUCGAAAAUCUUACAACAGCAAGGCGUGAUAAAGAAAUGGCUAAAUUGGAAGUUGCAAUAUUAAAACAAUGUACUAUUCAUAAUCAUUUACCAACAUCAUUUCAAUCACUUGAUAUACCUACAUCCAUAUCAUUGAAUAGCAUUAAUGACCCAAGAAUUCGACAACGUUUAUAUGAAAAAUGCCAAAAAAUUUUACAACAAACAAAAUCUGAAAUGAUGUUAGUUUAUAUUACUGUAGCUGAAAUUAAAAUGAAUGAAACGAAAGAAAAAUUCAAUAAAGUUCUGACUGAUAUGCAAGAUACACAACAUUCAGGUCCAGAUAGUAAACGAUUAACUAAAAAUAUGAUAUCUAUUAUGGAAAGACGCUUUAAAAAUAUAAAUGAACGUAUUAUUCAUCUUUAUAAAAUGAAACUACAUUAUUUCGACGUAGCUCCGAUGGUCAAGAAUUAG